AUCAACAACACUGUAGUCGGAAAGCUUCACCACAAUGAAGCUCUCGUGUGCUUUAGUGUUGACCCUGACGAACCUUGUGAUCGCCACCCCCUUCAGUUUCAGUGUCAAAGGUAGCGGCGCAUCAGCGAAAGCGGAAGCUGCAACGUCUCCCUUUGGACAGUUUGGGGUUGUGCAACCAGUUGCCUCGAAGACUAGUGGAUUUUCUGGUACUUUCUCGAAGGCAUCAUCUUCAAGUUACGCAUCAAGCAGUGCUAGCUCAAGCUCGAGUGCGUUUAAUUACAAUGCCGGGCAAAUAGGCACCGCAUCACUAGGAUAUGGUUCUCAGGGUUUGCUCGUACCAAAUAAAAAUGUAGGGCCUCAGGUAGUCACGGUCCCACAAGCCACUGCGUUCGCUACGGCUGGAUCUAAUAGCCAAACUGGAGCUUCAGUAAAUGCCCAAGCCACAGGGUCUUAUUCUUCUGAGAAAGGGAGCGUUUUUCCAGGAAACGCAAAUAUCCCUGCAAAUGUGCAAUAUCAAUCUGAGGUGCCUGAAAGCAAACCAAACGCAUACGUCGGCUUAAGCUCAGAAGUACCCAGUCAUUGGCAUGAACAAUCAAAGCCGAACAGUUUUAACACAGACGUACCUGAGCAUUCUGAAAAAGCCAAAGAAACCUUCGGUGUGCAAAGCUUUUCGGGUAGUGUACAAAAUAGUCCAGCGUUUGUUUCAACGCCCGCUGCACCAACACAAGGGUCACUCGAAAAUGCGCCGUCUUACUCUGGUGGCUUUGGAGGACCCCCAGGAAUAUUAAAUCCUGAGAUUUCUUCCGUCGGUAGUACCCCGAGUUAUCACGGUUUCGUGACUUAUCCUUCUGGACAGCAGUUAAAUGUUCCCAACAAUCAACAAACUUUUAUUAACGCUCCUGUAAGCACAGUAAACCCAACCUACGCUCAACAAGAUUACCCAGCGGGAAACGUAAACCCAACUAUCCAGUCAAUAAAAAAUGAAUAUGUUUCUCAUACUGAAAAUUCCGAACCAUCGUAUAAACCUGACAUAAAACCAUCUUAUUUAGAGCAAAACAAACCUUCUGCAUCGAGCAGUUACAACGCAGGAUCAAGCGAAUGGCAGCAGAAUAAUGGACAUGGUACCGUGCAGGCACAUGCUGAAAUCUCUCAUACUCACAAGGAAUUGGAGCAAACUCCCCAUUCUGUCGAUCACUUCUCACACACCGAUAAACCUUUUGUGAACAACCAAGAUUCGAAACCAAUUAAGAACGUUCAAAUAUUUGUUCAGGCUGUACCUAGUAAAGGACCCCAUUCAUCUCCUAGCUCGGUCCAAUUUACUAAUACUCAAAUAGGUUCUGAAAAUAAAAAAGAAGUGAAACCAACUAAUCAGUUAGCAUAUACUGGUGGAUUUGGCGCACCUGCUGGAAUUUUAAAACCUUCAGGCCAAUAUGUGUCAAGCGGCCAAACGUUUUCUUCGUCCCCUGUUAAGAUUGAACAGUACGACAGUUCACCUGUAGCAUUAACUACAACAGGAGUAAAGGAAACUUCAUAUAAUACAGGUUUUGGGGGGUUGUUAAAUGAAGUAAAAGAAACUGCUCAGCCUUCCUUGCAAAGUUCAAGUGAUUACUCGUUUGAAAGUGGGUCGACUUCAGGUACUUAUGUUACCCCGAAACCUUCCAGUUCUAGUCUUUUUGCUUCUUCUCCUUCUGAACAAGUUAGUAAUGACUACAUUUCUACGGAACAAAAAGGAACAGAACAAUUCUCAGACAAGCCAUCUGAAAGCAGUUUCCAAAAUCCAACAGUUUCAUCUUGGACACAGAAUCCGACGGUCAAUACUUUACCGAUUAGACCAGAAUUUGAAAUACAGAAAAAACCAACCGGCCAAAACUUCUUCAAUACGCCGUCACCUUCGUCUCAUUCCCCCGAACAAGGUAUUGGUGGAGUUUCCGUUUCAGUAGAUAAAACGAAGCCAACGACUGUGUCUGAAAGCUUUGGACAAGUUUCUGAAAAAGUGAAUCCCACCGUUCUAUCAACCAUCACUAACAAUGGUUUUGCUUACUCUAAUAGUCCCUAUAAACCAGUUGUUAUACCCACUGCACCGCAGUUUCAAGUUACAAAACAGAAGGAAUCUGCUGUAUCUUUCACGGUAACGCAACCAACGCCUGUAAGUUUUUGGCAGCAAUCAACAACAUAUAAACCAUCAUUCGAAGGGUCUACACCUGGAUAUUUGUAUAGUUCCGAAACAUCCCCUACCAAGUUUCCUUCAGUAACAGGAGAUUACACUGUAUCCAAACAAACAGAACAAUAUCCUAGCAAGGUAGAUUCCAAUCCUGUUGAUUUCCAGGUUACUUCAACUUUAAAUCAGCAGUCCUCUUAUGGUAGCACAGCUUCGUCAUUUGUUACACAAGAACCAGCAGCUCAGGUUGAUAUUGCAAACCCCACAUUAACAAGUUUUUCGCAAGAAUCGUCAUACAAACCGUCAAUUGAAAAUUCUUUACCAUCAAAUUCCGCUUCGCAAUUCUCUGAAAGUCCCAAGACUUCUUCAACACAAGAUCCAUCAACAGGCACAUUCACUGUUUCAAAGGAAGUAUACAAGGUUCCAACCCAAAUUGUAAGCAAUAAUGUAUAUCCACCCAGUACUGUAGCAUCAGGUUUUCACCUCGGUUCAAAUUCUCAGACAUCUCAAUCCCAGUCAACUUCAUACCAGCAUCAACAAUCUACUAACUUUGGAAGUACGUCUUUUGUGACACAAAAACCAACGACUGUUAACUUUGUUAGCCAAACGCCCGAUGCAACUUCUGGGCUAACAUCAACAGGUAUUACGCAACAAUUCCACAAACCAACAGUUGCAACCUCCUUAACAACUAGUUCUGUAUCUGGAUCGUAUGUCAGUUCCAACGUAUCCCCGACUCAGAUACCCGUUUAUACAGAAUCCUUCAACGUGCCAAAAGAAACUAAGGUAAUUCCGUCUGACACUUCUAGCAAUGUAGAUUCGACUGUAGGAACUGCACCUGCAUUUAGCACUAAUGCAUUUUCUGGAAAACCCCAAACCCAACUUGGUGUAUCUCAGCAAUCCGUAGAAUACAAACCCGCCUCACCUCUUGUUACAAAAGAACCAACCAUUUCCAGUGAUAUUGCUAGUCAGACCGUUGGAAGUACAUCUGCCGUUUCUCAAGCCAACAAGCCAACAGUUCAAAAUUCUGAAGGAAAUAGUCCCGGGUCUGGACUCUUGGAAAUACCGAAAACAACUCCUUCAAAGAAUACUCCAUACCAAUAUCCGACAAAACCUACGGUGGUGACUGGGCCUCAAAAGCAACCAGGAUAUUUAAAUGUUUUUGGAACUGGAGUAGCUAAACCAUCAAGAUAUUCUUCAUCCGGUUCAACUGGUUACCCGUGGUCGUCAUCUAAUACCUGGUCUGGCCCAAGUUAUUUAACAGGAGCUUAUGACAAACCUAAACAAACCAUUUAUUUUAAUCAAAAUAAGCCUGUAAGUAGCGUUCCAGAAAAAAAAGAGACAAUAAUUCCCAACAACCAACCCUAUUUUACUGGUAAUACCAACUUAGCCUCAAAUACUCCUACUACCCCAAAACCCUCUGUACAAGUUGCAUCAUUGAAUGUACAACAGCAAAGUUCUUCAAGCUUCGCUAACCAGAAAGAAAAAGAAUCGAUAGCUACUGCUACAUCAGGACCAAGCACCACUUAUUCUAAGCCAACUCCUCAACCAAUUUUGAGCAAUAGUGGAUCCUAUACUCCCUUUGCUUCUCCCAAACCGACGAAGCCAACAAAUCAACCUUUAACGGUCAAUUCCGCAUUUCCCACCUUUGGGUCCAGUUUUUCUCAAGUGAAACCUCAAUAUCAGUUUUCAACGGUUCAGCCAGCAACCCAGAAAAAACAAUGGUACACAAGUAAUUAUGGAACAUUUGGAGCAGUAAAACCAAAUACUUAUACAUAUCCAGGUUUUACUUCUUCGUUUACUACUUUUGGACAGGGGUCAGUUGGAGGAUUAUAUGACAAAACGAAACAGACUACUCAGUAUACUUCUACAGGUCAGUACAAACCUACUUCAACGGGUCAAUACAAUCCAUCUCUGACUGGUCAGUACAAGCCUAUUACAACAGGCCAGUAUAAACCUACAUAUAAUUGGGGAAUUGCGAGUCAAUCACAGUUCCAAAAGCCUUCCAAUCAACCUACUCAAACCGGAGGUUCUUAUGUUUCUACCUACACACAAACUACUAGUAAACCAUUUGUAACUCUGUCAUCGUUCGACAAACAGAAGCCAACUGUCGGAGCCUCUGUUGUAAAUCAAAAAGAAUCUAGUAUUCCAAGUAGCUUUUCGUCAACUUCUGGUGUUGUAAAGCCCACAAACCAACUUUCUACAUCCUACGGUGCUCUUAAACCGACUGCCAGUGGAACGUCAUUCGAAUCAGGUACAGGAAGCCCUUCAUUAACAAAUGUUUCAGAUAAAGGUAAAGUUACCUCUUCCAUUGUUUCUACGACUUCAAAUUACGAGUUACAAAAACCUGUUAAUCCUACAGUUCAAACUGUCUCCAAUACGUAUACAACAUCUUUCAUAUCAGCAAAACCCACAGCCGGCUUCCAAACUACAGGAACUCCUUUAUUAGAAAACAAACCUACAAAUAGUUACAAUGUACAGCAACAAGUGUUUCCUUCUGUCCAAACUAUUACGCCUACAAAGGAUGUUAUAAAUUCUGAACUCGGUCAGUCAAUUAAACCCACUUGGUCUUCUUCUACUACUACUGGAGUAGCAACAAGUAAUUUAUAUCCUAAUACCCCAUCUGUCGAAGGUCAAAUAAGCCCGGUAAAACCGACAAGCACUGUACAUUCUGUUGGGGAAACGACUUCUAGUGUCUCUACCGUUGGACAAAAGGAAAAUACUUUGGACCAAUUUAAUGGACAAAUAGUUUCAACAAAUCAAGCAUCUGUUCCUGUUGGCCAAAAAUUUCCGCAACAACAAUCAAGUGAACCGUUUUUAACUAGUGUUCAAGCUAACACAGAAUUUCAUACUCAUUCUCAAACACAAUCUGCACCUACAAAACCUGAAUAUCUUAACACAUUUGGAGGAUCAUGGGUUCAAUCGUCGCCACCAAAGCAGAUAUCCGGCAGUUUAGAAUCUGUUCAGAAGGAAUCUGUACAACAUGUCCAAAAUGAACAUGUCCAUUCGAAACCUACUAAUACUGCUUUCCUUUCUACUUCCCAACCCCAAACGGUUGUCGGUGUGAGUUCUGCUAAUACACAACUCCCGAAAACUAGCAAUAUUACCACCACAUAUCUUAAUUUUAAACCUGACAAAGUACAAUAUACCACCCAAACUUUUUAUAAACCAACUGCAGUAGUUGGAUCAGUUUCUAGCUAUGCUAAUCAGCAAACUGCUAAGCCAACAAUUAUUCCAACAUCACAACAGACCUAUUCAAAUAUCGCAGUAGCUGGUCCAACUAAUCCGCCGGGUCAAUAUUGGGUUCAAUCGUCACCACCAAAGCAGAUAUCUGGCAGUUUAGAAUCUGCUCAGAAGGAAUCUGUACAACAUGUCCAAAAUGUACAUGUCCAUUCAAAGCCUACUAAUACUGCUUUCCUUUCUACUUCGCAUCCCCAGACGGUUGUCAGCGUGAGUUCUGCUAAUACACAAUUCCCGAAACCUAGCAACAUUACCACCCUAUAUUUUGAUUCUAAACCUGACAAAGUACAAUAUACCACCCAAACUUUUUAUAAACCAACUUCAGUAGUUGGAUCACUUCCUAGCUAUGCUAAUCAGCAAAAUGCUAAGCCAACAAUUAUUCCAACAUCACAAGAAGCCCAUUCAAAUAUCGCUGCUGGUCAAACUAAUCCACCGGGUCAAUAUUGGGCUCUUAAUACACAAUCAGCUGCACAGCAAACUGCUUUUCAGGCCACUAAACCGAACAUAAAAAUCACUGUAGUAGGUAAACCUAGUAGCACCAUUGUUAGCCCUCCAUACUCUGGUGGUUUUGGAGGACCUUCCGGUAUUUUGAAACCAAAUGAAUUUGGUAUAUCUCCUAAUCAAGAAAAUGUUCAAUCGCAAUUCCAAGCGAAUUUGGGUGCAUACAACGGUGCAAAAGUCGAAACUAAUUCCAAUACUGCCUCGUAUUUCGGGGGAUUCGGAGGACCAUCGGGUAUACUUAAACCAGAUGAAAAAUAUACCAUUAACCACGCCGGACAUGAUAAGCCCUCAUCAAAUGGAGUUCACGCUGGUACAAGUCAAGUCGGUGCUCAAGCAAAUUAUAAUGUAGUACCUGCAUUCCCCACUCCUGCAGCUCAAGGAUACGUCAAAGAACAAGUCAGCUAUGGUUCUCAGGUAUCCUCGGAAGUCCAAGGAAGUUCUGUAGCAAAUGUUGCACCAAAUGCUGGAAUCAAUUUUGAGACAAGUGCUGGAACCAAUGCUGCAGCAAACGCAAGUGGAUUUGCUAAUAGCAAUGCAUAUGCAAGCAAUGCUGGAGUAGAUAAAACUGGCACUAGCUUUGGCGGACAAAUUGGUGCAAUAAAUGGAUUCAGUUCAAAUUCUAAAGGAUCUGCCACUGCCAGUGCAACGUCUUCAAGCUUCGGUGGAAGCUUUUCUACAUUUGAACCUGCGAGACGCCUUGUUGGAUCCCCUGGAGAAAUCGCUCGUCUUUUGGGCAGACGAUAAUUUUAGAAGAUAAAAUGUAUGCGCCUGCGACACCUGCCAUCGACGUAUUUUUGCUAAGCAUUUAAUGUCAAGAUUGAUGUUGACAAAAACCUUUGUAUUAUUAUUUCAUUGUGCCAUAGUCUUUUUUUGUUAAUCUCUAUUGUACACGACUUACGAAACCGUAUGUAUUAACUGUUAUAAUUUUUUACAAAUUAAUACAUGAAUGCUUUAAUUUCAAA